AUGGCCUCUGGGGGAUAUCUGGACGCAGACGCCCUCAUCCGAUAUGUGAAAGACGGGGGACAUCUUAAUAAAACCCUCUCGGCAAUCUGUGCAGCAGAGGGAGUGGGCAAGAACGGCGUCAAAAGCGAACUUCAGGCCCGUAUCAUCGAGAAGAUCCGUCAUUACUUCACGCACAAGGACGCCCAAAAAUUCGACCGCCUCAAAAACAUGAUUUACAACCCUCAAUCGAUCGGUCAAAUGGGUACCAACUACGGGGGGAUGGCAAGCUCGUCUUCACCUGCUGCGCGAAGUACUCCAACCGCCGCUCCAGGCGCGUAUCUCAACAACGGAUACAACAUGGGAGGGGCUGUUGCUUAUCGGGGCUUUGUCUCGCAGAGUAGGAGCGCAUCUGACUUCACUCUUUCAACUGCUAAUCUAACGAUGGCAGAACUUGGGUUCAAGACAAGUCCGUUCUACAAGAUAGAGCAGCAGUUGGGCGACACGCUUCAAUGUGAAGUUAUGCCCCACCAUAGACAUACAGUCAAGACGACCAUCAAAGUUCAGGACCAUGCCAUUUUACAUCGAGUUAGUAAGGAGCCCAAUCUACGGGUUAUGGUAUUUUGCGCGGCGGAGGACAAGCCUGGACAAAAUAUUGCCUUUCCUCACCAAUCGGAAGUAAAAGUCAAUGGAGGAGACAUCAAGGCCAAUUUAAGGGGUCUCAAAAGCAAACCAGGCUCCACAAGACCUGUAGACAUUACUAAGGAGCUGCGUCUCAAUUUACCUGCUUAUGGCAAUCUUGUUGAGAUGACAUAUGCCCUGACAUCUAAGGCAGGUGGAACUUCAUCAAAAUUCCAUCUUGCGAUAUACGUCGUCAAGGUGGUGCCAGUAACGGAGCUAGUAGAAGUACUCAAAAACGGAAAGAGGAUAACAGAAAAGUCUGUUUUGGAUGAUAUGGUCAGCAAGGCACGUGAUGCGGAUAUCGUAGCAACGGCCUCUGUUCUGUCGUUGAAAUGCCCAUUGUCGACAUUGAAGAUUGAUUUGCCAUGUCGAUCUAUUUCUUGCAGGCACAACCAGUGUUUCGAUGCAACGUCAUAUUUGCAGCUUCAAGAACAAGGUCCAACUUGGCUCUGCCCUAUUUGUAACAACUCCGCUCCGUUUGACACCUUAGCCGUUGACGAAUAUGUCAAGAGCAUCCUGAAAAGCACAUCCAGAUCAGUUGAUCAAGUAACCAUUCAGCCAGAUGGCAAGUGGGAGCUGAACACGAGAAAGGAACCCAACUCAAGGAACAGCGGCGUAGCGAGCGCGAGCGACGAUGAUGACGACCUUGUGGAGAUCACCAAAUCUGGCGACAGUGUGAAGAUGGGAACACCUCGUGCAUAUGGAACCCCAUUAGGAUCAGUCACGAAUGGAUCUGCCCCUCCAUCUGGGCCGCCGAAAACUACAUCAUCUAGCAGUAGUACAAAGCGAUCAAUCUCAGCAGUCAUUGACUUGACCUCAAGCGGCGAUGAAGACGAUGAACCAUUAGCACGACCACAACCAAAACGACAACAAACCAGCGGUCAUACCCCGAUGCCACCAGUCUACCGACCGCCAACCAAUGGAUACUAA